AGUCGGCGGGACGCAAGGAUUACAGUUUCUAAGAUGACAUCCUGCAACGUUAAGCAGAUCCAGCAACGCCUGGAUGGAUUGCUAGCAUAUAUGCAGCCUCACUGGAGUUUUGUCAACUGCCACAUGGUUAAUUAUAUUACAGACGAACAUUGGGAGCAUUUUGUGCCCCAGAAAUUACGGGUAGAAGUACCAACUGCGACAGAUGUGAAGCAGUGCAUAGAGACGCUGUUCUGGAAAGGGGACCGUCAAACCCAACAGUUUCCAGAGUUUGCCAGCUUUCUGGCGGCUGGCGAGCUGCAACGCCUGACUUGCUCAGACACCGAGUUGCUGACUACCGUGGAGGAUUUGGAGAAGCAAUUGCUGGAUGCGGACUCAGAGCAAGCGACAUUAAGCAUCAAGGAGUUCAUGAGCGCCAAAAAAUGUCACGAAGUUGAAAUUACUGCAGCUUUGGUGCACAAACUUAUAGAAAGUGCUUCAAAAAAACAAGAUAAUGAUUUCUAUAUUGUCGAUGCUGGAGAUGGAAAGGGUUAUCUAUCCUCACGCCUGGCACUGCAAUAUUAUCAUCGUGUGCUUGGAAUUGAUGCAAAUGCCAAAAAUACAGAAAAUGCUUUGGCACGCAACAGCAAGCUGCAGCGAGCCUGGAACGGCUUAACGGUACGCGCAGAACUACAAGGCCAGGGAAUUACGCCCAAACGACGUGGAAAAAAUGCGACCAAGGAAUGUGGAAAUCCUGCACCCAAGCUAGACAACUAUAAAACGUCAUCGAAAUUCAUUACGACGCAGCUAGACUUAUGCGCUUUGUUGGAUGAAAGCUUUCCAGAGCAGCAGGUCGACAAAAUGAAACGCAUUUGUCUAACUGGCCUACAUACUUGUGGAAAUUUAGCAGCCACUUGCCUGCAGGUCUUCGAUGCACAGCCCAAUUGUGAGAUUCUCUGCAACAUCGGUUGCUGUUACCAUCUGCUAAAGGAACGCUAUUCGGACCAAGAGUUCUUUGGUAACAAGGCGCUCAUGGAUAUGCAGACAGAGUACGGAUUUCCGCUAAGCGAUUAUUUACGAGAACGAAACGUGUGUUUGGGUCGAAAUGCGCGAAUGCUGGCAGCCCAGUCUAUGGAACGUACGCAGGCGGCCAAAGAGUUGCCAAAUAUAACGCUCUAUUAUCGUGCUUUAAUCGAAUUAUUGGUCUGUCGCCAUGCCCCACACCUGAAAAAUGAAUUGCAAGUGGGAAAGGUGCGAAAGUUUCAAAAUUUCUACGAAUAUGUGCAAUUGUGUGCCAAAAAGUUGAAUGCCACAUGGCUCGGUGCUUUGGAAGAGGCAGAAUUAGAGGAACUAGCUCGUUCCUGUGAUGUUGACAGGCAUUACCUGGAGCUCUUCUAUUUAUUGCGUAUGUCUUUUGCACCGGUACUUGAGAGUCUAAUACUUUUAGAUCGAUUGCUAUACUUGAAGGAGCGUGGCCAUAAAAAGAGCUACUUGGUUAAUUUAUUUGAUGCAGUAAUAUCGCCACGGCAUUACGCAAUUGUUGCCUUUAAAUCGCACUAAAAAAUGGUUGGAUUGUAUAAAUUAGAGAGAAGGGUUACAGAUGACUUAAAAAAAUUAAUUUUGAUAGCAAAUUUUUAAAGAAAUAUUUGUUAUUGAAUGGAGUGUUGCAGA